UUGGUAGUUCUGGAAGUGGAAAAUCUACAAUUAUUAGUUUAUUAGAAAGAUUUUAUGAUCCUAUUAAUGGAUCUAUAUUACUUGAUGGUGUAGAUAUUAAGAACAUUAAUAUUCAAUCAUUGAGAAGACAAAUUGGUUUAGUUGGUCAAGAACCUGUUUUAUUUGCUGAAACUAUUAGGGUAAAUAUUGGAUGGGGUGGUGAUCCAAUGGAAUCAGAACCAAGUUUGGAUGAUAUUAUAGAAUCUUGUAAAAAAUCAAAUGCUCAUGAUUUUAUAGAUGAAUUACCUAAAAAAUAUGAUACAAUUGUAGGAGAAAAAGGAAGUUUACUUUCAG